AUGACGCCCGUGUGCCUCAUCGAGGGCGGCGCGGAUGGGCUGCGUGUGACGGAUGCUGGCAUCAGUCUGCUGGAGAGCCUCAACGAGCCUGUGGCAAUUGUCUGCUUGGCAGGACAGUAUCGGACGGGCAAGAGUUUCUUCCUCAAUCAACUCGCGUCUCGUCCCAACGAUUUCCCUGUCAAUUUCAAGAUCGAUGGCUUCCGAGUGGGACCGACAACCGAGUCGUGCACGAGAGGCAUCUGGCUCUGGGCCCCGCAGCCUCCGGUGCGCAAUCCCACGGGCCAAUUGGUUUUGUUCUUGGACACGGAGGGUAUGGCAUCCACAGAUAAUGAUGAGAGCUAUGACGCCAAGAUUUUCUCGCUCGGACUGCUGCUAAGCUCACUUUUCGUGUUCAACACCAUGGGCGUGAUCGACGAAGGCGCCGUUGACCGCCUCUACCUUGUGUCAGAGCUGACCAAACACGUCUGUGUUAGUACACAUCCUGGCACAACACCGGCGUCUAAUAACGGGUUUGGUGGGCACACUACGAGUCCGGAAGAGGCGACACUGAGUGGUGACAAGCUCGAGGAAUCGCGAGCAUUGGCGCCACAUUUCCCGCCGUUUGUGUGGCUGCUGCGUGACUUUCUGCUUGACAUGCAGAUCGACGGCAACGACCUGACUGCUAACCAGUAUCUGGAGAAGGCGCUGGAUGCACGAGACGUUAGUUUGACGGCGUCGGAGAGCACAAAACUGCGCCAGAUUGAGCGGAACCGCACGCGUGCCUCUAUUCGAGUCUUGUUCGGUCGUCGCGAGUGCCUUACACUUGUCCGUCCCGUGACUGACGAGCGCGAUCUACGACGUGCAGCAGAACUUUCGGAUGUUGAGCUGCGACCCGAGUUUGUGGAACAAAUGUCAGCUAUACGACGUCGUCUGUUGUCGUCGGUGGCUGCAAAGGAACUACUAGGCAAGACGCUGAAUGGACCGCAAGUCGCUCAGCUUGUAAAAUGCUACACCGACACGAUGAACAGUGGCGCAGUGCCGGAUAUUAAGGCUGCCUGGGAGUACGUAUCCGAUGCGACCUGUCAAGCUGCCCUUGCUGCUGCUAUCGAGUUAUAUGAUACUCUGAUGGAAGCUACAAGUGGUAAGAAGUCAGUGAAAAAGGCCAAGGAAGAAGGAGAUUCGGACGAGACGGAUGAAGUGGAGGAAGAUACAGACGAAGGUGGAAGUGAUGACGCGGACAGCGGUCCGAAGAUUCUGUCACAGGCGGAAUUUGAAGCCAUUUACAAGGACGCUCAAGAGAAAGCACUAACGCUGUUCAAGGUGCGCUCGGUGGAAGGAGCCUCGAGAGCUACAUGCUUCCAAAAGCUUAAGCAGCACAUGCAUACUCAACGUACAGCUUUAAUCACACAGCUACAGAAGCGGUCCAGUAAGUUCUGCGUCAAGGUACUAGCGAAGCUUCGAGCCAAGUUUUUGACUCGGCCUCUGGCUGCGGGUGCGUGGGAUGCUGCUGCCAAUAAAGAGGAGGCUUUUCAAGCCACGAUGGAAGUUCUGGAAGAAGUGUACGAGCGAAAAGCUCGCGGUCCAGCGAAGAAGAAGGCGUUCUACCAGUUCCUUCGUGUCGACUCGCUUGAGUUCUUUGAAACGUUAUUCCAGCGCAUGGCUACUAGUCAUGCACAAGAGAAGGCUGAGUGGAAUCACACACGAGAACAGCUUGCACAGCAGCAUGUGAACGAGAAAAUGGAGUGGAAACAGCACGUACAAGAGAGAACGAUGGAAGUGCAGCAGCUUCUCGACGCGAAGACGCACUUGGAAGAUAAAAUUGCAACUCAGGUCGAGCGUUUGGCUGAACUACAGCACGCGUCACAACAGCACGUCACUGCGAUUGCAGACUUGGAGAAGGAGCGUCUGGGCUCGAACCAGAAGGUCGAGCAGCUUCAUGAACUAGCAGCAGAGCUGACAAAGGAGCUGGAGAAGACGCAAGUGCGACUACAGCACGAGAAGGAGACCUUGGCUAAAGCCGAAGCCGAGGCACAAAGUACCAAGCACGAGCUGAUGAAACAAGUGGAAGCGCUGCGUACAACACAUCAAGGAGAGAAAGAAGACUGGAUACGACGUGCUGCGGAUCAAGCAGCAGAGAGGACGAUGCUGCAGAAGCAGCUUAAAAAAGCGGAGCUUGAUGCUCAGCAACAGAAGCGAGACAUGGAGCUGCUGGAUAAAGAGCGACAACAGCUACAGCAGUUGUAUGAAACUGAGCUGGAGACACGAGCUCAACUAGCGAGCGAGUAUGAAAACCUUCGAGGCGAUUGCGAUGAACUGGAGCGGAAUCUGAAGCAAAGUUCUACGCAGCAACUCGGUCUGAAACAAGCUGCACAGCGUGAACAAACACGCUUGGAGACUCGUCUACAUCGUUUCCAGACGCAGUUAGGACGCCUAGAAGGCAACCGGGAAGUCGAAGAAGUGCUUCGUGACUGCGUGUCGGAUGUGGUUCGCUUAACGGAUGAAGACAAGAUCAGCAAACUGCAGGAAGAACGUCGCAUGUUGCAAGAGCAACUUGGUGAUCUUCACGAGAAAAUAUCGACCUUACCAGAUUUUUACGUACGCCAGAUUUUCUGUGCCCCAGAACCAGUGCCAAGUUUUUUCGAUGCACUUACCAGUAGUUGGAGACCCUAG